CCCUUGCAGACGCACAUCAAGCAAAAUCAGCAGAACCGCUAGCGCCAAUUUCCACCAUGAGCCUAAUCGCCGGCUCCUACGAGAAAUUCAUAUGGGGCUUCAAGCUCAGACCCCUAAACCCUAGCCCCGAUUCUCAAUCCCUAACCCUAACCCCUCUCUUCUCCUACCCCUCCCACCUCUCCUCAAUCACCUCUGUCGCCACCGCUGGUUCAGCCGCCGCAUCCGGCGGCACCGAUGACACCGUCCACCUCUACGACAUGUCCUCCGCCACCUCCCUCGGCUCCCUCCACGACCACUCCGCCACCGUUACCUCCCUAUCCUUCUUCACCCCUCCCCACCUCUCCUUCCCCCUCAACCUCAUCUCCGCCGACGCCGAGGGGUCCCUCUGCAUCUACGAGGCCGACCCUUUCGUCCUCCUCAAGACCCUCAAGCCGCACAGGAAGGCGAUUAACGACGUGGCGUUGCACCCGUCCGGGAAGCUGGCGUUGACGGUGGGGAAAGACGAGUGCUUGGCGAUGAUUAAUUUGGUGAGGGGGAAGAGGAGCUUCUAUUGCAGAGUGGCGAAGGAGGCAAGCUUGGUGAGCUAUGAUUUCUCCGGAGAGAAGUUCUAUAUGACUAUGGAGGAGAAGGUGCUGGUUCAUGAGGCUGAGGAUGCUAAGUUGCUGUGUGAAUUCGAGAAUUCAAAGCGGGUUCUGUGCAUUGAGCCCGGUGAGAAUGGAAUUUUAUUUACCGGUGGUGAGGACCGGAGUAUUACAGCGUGGGACACAAAAAGUGGGAAAGUUGCAUAUUGCAUUGAGGAUGCACAUCCUACCCGUGUGAAGGGAAUUGUUACGCUUACAAGCAAAGCUGGUGCUGAAGUCAAUGAGGAUCCCUAUCUUGUGGCAUCUGCCUCGUCAGAUGGGAUUAUACGUGUUUGGGAUGUUCGCAUGGCUGUUCCUGAGAAGGCAAAUCCAUUGGCCGAGGCUAACACAAAAUCAAGGCUUACUUGUCUGGCUGGAUCAUCUCUUAAAUCUUUCAAACGGCCACAGGUUGGAAAAAGCGUUCCAGAAGAGAAACACGAUGCAGAAACAUAAGGCAUAUAAGUUAUAACCAAAUCAAACUAGCUGACCAACGGAAAUUGGCUUGACGGUCUUUGUAAUGGCUUCCUGUGCGUGUGCCUGUGUGGUUAUUGGCGUUGCUGAGAAACCGGAAACAUGAGAGUUGUUACCCAAAGUGGCGUUGCUUGAUCCAACAUAUCAAUUUUGCCUUAGAACUUGUUUGUAUCGAUGUUAAAGCAUUUAAUCGUGAGCUUAUUAUCUGUAUUUCUGGAUGCUGUUUGAGUUUUGAGUAAAACUUUAUGGAAGUAAAAUCAAAACCUAAAUGUGUUUAAGAAUUGAAGUGAA